AUGGAUGAUUUUUAUCAUGACCUUAGUUCGUCAGAUGCGGAAAGUCAAGAUUCGUUCCCUACUAGUACUCACCAUUUUCUUGAAGACCAAGAGGAUCCUAUGGAACUCUUCACUCUUACUCAUCGGAUGUGUUCUUUGAAGAAGGUACCUAAAGAAAAACUGGCGCAAGGAAUCUCUAGGCAUGCCACUACCCUUAUGGGUUUUCUCUUGGAUGUUAGAAGCUUCAGCAGGGCAAAGAUGCAACAAUAUGUCAGAAACUAUUGGGAAGGUAAAGCAGUGGUUCAAAGGAAGGAAGGUAAUGCUUAUCUUUUUAAAUUCCGUUCGAAGGAAUAUAUGCUUAUGGCUCUCCAUAAUAGUUCAUAUCUUAUAGAUGGAGCUAUGUUAGUCUUGAGUCGUUGGUAUUCAAAAACUCCUCUUCGCCGAGUUUAUAUUAAUUCCAUAUUAAUCUGGGUGCGUCUAUACGGUCUCCCCUCUGAAUACCUUAUUCUAGAUGCAGGAAGAGAUGUUGCUUCAAUCCUUGGCGAGGUGCUAGAUAUAAAAUCAGAUGAAUUUGACAUACAGGAAAAUAGUUAUCUUCAAGUCCGGGUUCGUAUCAAUCCCCACGACCCACUUAAAUCGGAUUUCUUCUUAGAUCUGGACUUAGGUAAUGAUGAUAAUAUUGUUUGGAUUGAUGUUCAAUGCGAACGAAUGCAUAAAUUUUGUAGGCGUUGCGGUGUUAUUGAGCAUCCCAUUAAGAGGUGUGAAAUUCUUACUCAAUGGGAGUUGGAACGUUAUGCUGACAAUUUCUUUCAUCAAGAAAGUCUUCAAAACCAGAUGGACUUUUGCUGGGAUGAAUGGCAGGAACUCUUUCCUCUAUCUAUGGGAGCUGAGGAUAAUUCUCAUAAAUCCUCAACAAAGUUAUCAGAAAAAUAUAUGUAG